AUGACUGAAAACAACACCUCCGAGGGAGUCGCACAGACUCUCCAGACAGCGCACGAACGCGUUCAUUCAGUUAAUCCCUUCAUGGACCGCGAGUCGUACCCAACUGGAAGCCUCAGAAGCUACAAGAUCCUGACGGCCGUCUCAUGGCUCCUGCUUGUCGUCACCAGCAUCUACUACACCUUCAAUGCGCCCACCGAGGGCAAGCACCACAGAGGCACCAUCUGGCACCAGAACUCGCACCACCACACUCCCUUUGCCCUCAACUCAAUCAUCACCUCUAUCUACAUGAUUGUGCUGUUCAUCCUCCAGAUCGGCUACUGCUGGCACUUGUACUCGGAGAAUGAGGUCUACGUCAAGGCUGCCGCCGAUGUUGGCUCGCACUUCAUCUUCAACAACUUGCUGUGGUUCGGCUUCAUCCACCUCUGGUGCCGCAGCCACUUCUGGCUUGCUGAGAUGCUCAUCAUCAUCAACUUCUUCAACCUCUCUGCCCUUUACUUCAAGCAUUCGAGGACUCCUAGAUUCAUCCACAUCCCUGUUGUUUCCGGUCCUCUGGCCCUCAACUAUGUCCUGCUCUUCACCGUCGGUGCUGCAGCUGUCAACGCUCACUCUCUUCCCGCCAGAAUCUUGGCCAACAUCAUGAUCUGGUCCAUCAUGGGCUACGGCUUCUUCUUCCUGGUCGCAUACAAGGAUUACACCAUGGGUUUCAACCUGAGCGUUCUCAGCGCAUCUCUCGGUGUCGCUCAGUUCCUGACCCACGUCAUCGCUUUCCAGUGGAUCUUCGCCUUCGCUAUCAUGGGUGUUCUGUUCGUCCUUUCCGUCCUGGUUGGCUUCCCCGGUCUCAUUGGUCAAGACCCCUUCAAGCGCGGUGCUGUUGUCGACGAGGACAGAGAGAGACAGCCUCUGCUUCAGGAAGAGUAA